GGUGCGAUCCCACUCUCGCCAGGAGGCAACUUUCAAGCUCCUUGAAAGGAGCAGGUUAGGCGAGGCGGGGCGAGCGGACGGGAGGGGAGGCCGCUCUUCCUUCCGUUGCUGACACCCGCAGACAGCCAACAACGAAAGAGGGAGGCGGCAGCGAAGUGGACCAGUGGGGCGCACCACGCGCGCAUCUCGUCCCAUCUCCAGACUCCCACUGCCGCGGCUCCUUCGCGGAAUGUGCUGAUCUUCUCGCUCCGAAGCGCACAUGGAGCCACCUGAGCCGCUGUGGGUGAACAGGAGCUGUGCCAGCGGCUCCCUGUUCACUCUGGCUUGCCUGAAUCAUCAUGCUGUUUGUCAAAUCAUUAAGAAUGUCAGUUCCCCAGUUUCACCCCAUACAAAUCUUACUUUAAGCUCCAACUGGAUGGUGCAAGUUGAAGACAAAUAUGGGUUUUACAUUGGCUUGGCCUUGGCCAUCUUUUCAAGCUUUCUCAUUGGCACUAGUGUCAUCCUCAAGAAGAAAGGACUGCGUCGGCUGGUGGAGAAAGGAGGCACCAGGGCUGGAGAUGGAGGUCAUGGCUAUCUGAGAGACUGGUUGUGGUGGGCUGGUUUGCUAACCAUGGGUGGAGGAGAGGCCGCCAACUUUGCUGCAUAUGCCUUUGCGGCUGCAACAAUUGUUACACCACUCGGGGCACUGAGUGUGCUCAUAAGUGCCAUUUUGUCCUCUUAUUUGCUCGGAGAACGGCUGAACUUACUGGGCAAACUAGGCUGUAUGCUGAGCAUUGUGGGUAGUACCGUUCUUGUGAUUCAUGCUCCGGAAGAAGAGGAAAUCACCACUUUGGUAGAAAUGUCUUCAAAACUGAAGGAACCAGGUUUUCUUGUUUAUGCCAGCAUCCUCUUGGUUAUCAGCCUAGUUCUGAUCUUUUUCCUAGCGCCACGUUAUGGCCAGACUAAUAUUCUCAUCUACAUCUCCAUCUGUUCUGUGAUUGGGGCUUUCUCCGUCUCAUCUGUCAAAGGGCUGGGCAUUGCCAUCAAGGGUUUUUUCACUCACCAGCCUGUUCUACAAGACCCAUUGACCUGGAUUCUUGUCUUCACAUUAGUGGCUUCUGUUACGACUCAGAUCAACUACCUCAAUAAAGCUCUGGACAUCUUCAGUACCUCUAUGGUUUUUCCCAUUUACUAUGUCCUCUUUACCACUAUUGUCAUCACAACUUCAGUUAUCCUCUUUAAAGAGUGGGUUGCCAUGUCUGUAAUAGACAUUAUUGGGACAGUAUGUGGAUUUCUUACCAUUAUUUUAGGAGUGUUUUUACUGAAUGCCUUCAAAGAUAUGGAUGUCAGUUUAAAGAAUCUGCCACAACCUUUGCAGAUUUCCAGCGAGGUGCCAGUAAUUAAGGAUGACAAGAACAUUUUAAUAGAGCUGGAUAAUCCAGACGGCAGGGUUCAUAACAAACCCAAAGUAUUCAUGAUUUUCAGUUGAAACCUAAUUUAAUAUUUCUAUUUCUUUGGGGAAUGGGGCCAAACAGUAUGCAAACAUGCAUGUAUGUACAAGAGUUUAAAUGAAGCAUCACCAUAUAAGCCUUUUGAAAACAGCAACCGACUUCAACACAGCUUGCUACCUCCACAUUUCUGCUUAGCGAUCCUCCUCUUUUCAUCCUUGGCAAUGGCACUGUAUUUUGCAUGCUCUAGAAUCAAUAGCAGUGGUGAUUGUAUUUGUGUCAAACAUGGGCAUAUUCCCUGUGCUUUCGGAAGAAAUGUUUUACUGUCAAUCAGUACUGUUUCUUCCAGAUCUUUCUCAAUCUUUCCCUGUCUUCACAAGGAAAAGCUAUAUUCAUUGUAUGAAGUCUGUGAAGAGUGUGAAGCUUCAAAAGAAAACAUUGCUGUCUUUUUUUUCCAGCUAUGAAUACCGAAGUCAUUUUUGAAAAUAUGGGAAAAUAAAUAGCUACACUUCCCCCCAGAUUGUAAUGUUGCCCAAGACAUUCAGGACAUUCAGUCAUGUCCUUAUUCCUAAAUGGUGCAAUCCCAAUAAAACAGCCCUACAGCCUUUUUCUUGGAGAUUGGAUUUUAGUGUGUUUUGGUGCUUCCACUGUUUUAAUUAAUUUUACCAAUGCUGUUAGAUGUUCUGACAGAGCAGCAGCUGCCUUUCAUUUCCCAUAAAUAUUCAUUAUGAUUUAAUUGUGAUAAUGCGGGCGUUCUUGUCUCCAUGCAAAGUUAUGAAAUGUAUUUCAUAAUCAUUAGUACGUUUCUGAUAAUUCAAAGUACUAUUAAUAUUUCUGUUAGUCUCUGGAAUGAUAUUAAAUCAUGACAGAGUCAGGACAACAUGAAGUGUAUUUACAACCACAUGGAGAAGCAGUCAUCUAUAGUACUACUGUAAUUCAUGUGAUGGUUUGAAUUUUGUCACUCUCUUACAGUUCUGGCUGUAGGAACAUUAUAAAACUUGUUGCCCAAAUAUACUGGUCCUGUAGUUAAUUACCUAUCCCCAACAUGGUAGUUUGCACAUUUGUACACUUGGACAGGGCCUGGCUGAGCUGUAAAAGGACCCAGUCUUGGUAAGUAGAUUUGUGUGCUGUUUUAUUUUUUUAACCCAAGCACCAGAAUAGACAUGAUAACUCAUGAGUUUAGCAAUCAUGCUACCGUAUUUUUCCGACUAUAAGAUACUUUUUUCUAAAAUCCUUACGGUAAAAAUUGAAGGGUGUCUUAUGCAAGGA